CCCUCCCUCUUCCUCCUCCUCCUCCUUUUACGCACCGGCUUGCACCCAUCCUCCCAGCCAGUCACCUCAAGUGCAACCGGUCGGAGCGGAGGUAAACAAAUCCAUCCGGAGAGGAGCGGCUGUGAAAGAGGACAUCAAUAAGGAGGAAGAGAGGAGAAUGGGAAGAAGCCGGUGUUUGGGUCUGGACUGAGUCACAGGGAGAGCUCCUCAGACUCCAUUCAAGUCUUCCGGAGUCCCUGCCUUUCCAGCGUUGACACAAUGGGCUGCUGCAGCGGACGCUGCACCCUCAUCUUCAUUUGCACUUUACAGUUGGUGCUUGCUUUGGAAAGACAGGUCUUUGAUUUCCUUGGUUACCAAUGGGCUCCCAUUCUUGCUAACUUCUUCCAUAUAAUUGUUGUAAUACUCGGUCUCUUUGGGACCAUCCAGUACAGACCACGCUACAUCAUUGUGUACAUAGUAUGGGCAGCUGUCUGGGUAGCCUGGAAUGUCUUCGUCAUCUGUUUCUACCUGGAUGUGGGGGGAUUGACUAAGGAUAGUGAUCUGCUGACAUUUAACAUCUCCGCACAUCACUCCUGGUGGAGCGAACACGGUCCUGGCUGCAUAAGGAGGGAGAUGCCGGAGGCGGCUGGGGUCCGCAGCACAGAGAGCCACUCCUACAUCACAGUCAUGGGCUGCCACAUGGAGUACCAGUACAUCGAGGUCUUGCACAGCAGUACGCAGAUUCUUGUUGCUCUUCUGGGUUUUGUCUACGCCUGCUACGUCGUCAGCGCAAUGACCGAGGAGGAGGACAGCUUUGAUUUUAUUGGUGGAUUUGAACCAUUCCCACUCUACCAUGUCAAUGAGAAAUCAUCCCAUCUCCUUUUAAAACCCAUGUACUUGUCUACGUAAAUAGGAAAAGGGAGACAAAACAACUAUUUCCCACAACGGCAAAAAGGCCAGUUUCACACAAACAUCCUGCUGCACUUCCUCCACUUUGUCAUUUCGGUCCUUUAAACAUGUUAUUUACUGGUGUGCUUCCCAGAAGAGCACAUGUGUUUUUCAGCAAGAACCAAGAUUUUCAAACAGGGACUUACUGAGGAAAAGAGUCUUCAAUUGAAGGUUUUGAUGUUGUUGUUUUUUUUACUGCUCUAAGUGGGGACUAAUACUUCAAACUGUGCAAAAAUAUGUACCACUGAAAAAUACAAUGUGCACUUAAUCAUGAAGUGUCCAGCAGUGGAAGUCAUGCAGGGCUCUGAUUUCACACAUUGUUGCUGGUUUGGCUCCGAUCUUGUCUGCAGGAUUGAAUUAAGGUGGAGUCUGUGGAAUGAGCUAUUGUGUGCCGUCUGUUUACUUUAGUAGCCGUGCACAAAAACAAAAGCAGGAAGAGACAGGGGGUGAAGAGUUAGAGGGUGGGGGAGGAACUUAUAUAUUAAACCUGUUAAACCAGGGAGGGGGCUAACAUAAAUGAUGUAAUGAAAUUCUAAAACUGAAAUGUGAUGCAAAGACGUGUUUGUCUGCUGUGGUAUUCACAACACCUGAAGUUGGUUUAUUAUGUUCACAGUUUGUGACAUUUUUUUGACUAAUUGUAUUAAAUCUCACUUUGAAUAGGCCUUUUGAUGCACUCAAGUCAACCUUAAACUGGAUACUCUUAACUUUAACAUAGACAAAGGAAAGACAAACCUCAUAGUCUCAUAGAGCCUGUCAUAUUACUCACAAAACUGUUUAGAAGCGCACAGACUUCACGCCUGAACGUCUGAGUUUGUCUCUUCUCAGUUUUCUUUUUUACAAAGCUGUAAUAGCCUCAACUGGGAUUGAUUGUAGCAUUUUUCUUAUUAAAACCGAUGCUGUAAUUUAAUUGUCUGGAUUUAAAAAUUUGAAGGAAAGAAAAGAUUCAAACUGUUUCUUCAAAUAAUUUGUUGAACCGUCAGUCAGUGCUUUUGCUGACUUGAAAAACACUCUUCUUUUAACCCAACAUUUAAAAUAGGUUUAGUUAAGUUCACCUUUACUGGUUUACAAAAAUCUUUUUCAUAAUGUUGGAUGAUAAAAGAAACAGAGUAAAUUGGAAUCCUAUGCUGCCUUUGUGUUAAUGUAAAUCUCUACUGCCCUCUAGUGUUUAAAGUGUUCAUGUACAAGGUGCAAACCUUAAUUCUUCAUCAUGUCCUAAACUUGUUCUCCUAAAUCUUUAAAUCCUGCUGUUUUUCUAUUUAUAUUGCUUUAAAAAAAUCACAUUGACUUUCUCUUUAAUCAAUGUACAUUUGUUCUACAAAGUUUGGGUAUCACAUUUCUAUUACAUGCUUAAUCUAAAGUCAAUUACUUUCAAUUGAGGGUUUAUUCUAACAUCCUAUUUUUUUUUACACCAAAAAGUUUUAAAGCAAGAAGCUGCUCACUAUUUGUUUUGUUUUUUAAGUCUCUCUGAUCUUCCUGUCUUUCAGAGCACUGCUGCGUAUAUUUUUCCAAAAUUUUCCACAAAUUCUUCCAAUUUUUGAACUGUGCAUUUCUUUAUCAAUCAUCUGGUCAUUCUUGCUAUCUUACUUUGGAUUGCAGCGUUUGGAUUUUUGUGGUCAUGACUCUCGUCUUAGAGCAGUAAUAUUUAAAGAGUAAUCUUAUUAAACUCCUUUGAUGUAACUAAGUACGGUAGUUACAUUCAGCUUGCAACAUAUUAAGUACUAGUAGUAAACUAAAACAUCAAACAUAGUCUUCCUUGGGGUCCAAUAGGACUGGUAUGAUCUGAAAAAAAAUAAAAAACAGUUCACAUGUAAAUAAUUUUUUGUUGGUGUUUUUGUGCCUCCUAAAGCUGCAGCUCCCUGUGUAUUAAUUGUAAUCCUAUCUAUCAGACCUGUGCUUUGUGUUUGUGUAAAUAUGCGUUUGAUAAUAAAGUCAUUCUUUCUAUGA